CUCCAAUCUUGGUUUCGCUAGGCUUACUCAGCUCGAAGGAUGGCGGAUGCUGAAGGACACCGCAAGGCUCAUCCUUUUGGCUCUUCUCCCCCGAUACCUUGCCACAUCCCAACUCGCCACCCAAAAUUUCCCGAAGAGCCUCUCACGGCGCCACCCGUACGACAACUCACGGACAUACUCUUCGUCGGCUCCGAUGAAUUGAACGAAAUCGAGGAGCACUCUCUCCGCGUCUUUGACAUGCAUACUACACUCUUCCCGGACGAAUGCUUUGCAUUGAAGCCGCGCGCAAUGGUCCGCGGCCUCGAUCAGACUCUGUAUGAUUGCAAAGGCCGAAGAUGGCUUUUCGAGCACUCUCCCCCUACACGACCAGCCUCUGAGAAAGCUGCGACCACUGCCGCCUUCUUGAACGAGUUCACUCGUCGCUGCUGGCUUACGUAUGAGACUCGACGUCGACCUGUCCCAUCUACUGUGCGGCAAUGGACUGUCGUCGAACGCUUGCGGCCGUCGGUCGCCGAUGCAACCGCUCGCUCGUUUGGCGUAACCCUCGUGGACGUCGGCUCGAGCUCAGCGCGCUGGGAGGACGUACUUUGCGAUGUCCAAGUUGUCACAGAUGCUUCCCAGAUGCCUGAAGCACUGAUCAGACUUUCUAGUAGUGCUGCGCACGUCUUGUCCUCGCAGGAUGACCGCUUGUUCUACCUUGGACUCGCCCUAGCCGGCGACAAGUACCAGCUAGCCUACUUCGACUGUGCUGGGCGCGUCCUCUCCGGCCUGUUCGACGUGCACGAGGACCCCGUGUACUUCACCGAUCCAUCGCUUGUGUCUCGUGGCCAGCGACGCUUCCUUACCAUGGCGCGUGGCGAAUACGAGGUUGUGGAGACUUUGGCCCUCGACAGGAGGAUCCUUGGUCACGGCACCGUGUACUGGCGAUGCCGCCACGAAGACGGCGACGAUGUAAUAGUCAAGAGCACCUGGGCGAAAGCUGGGAAAUCGCCUACGGAGGGUGAUCGCUUUCGAAAAGCUUACGUCGAAGGCGUCCCAGACUUGAUUUGCGAAGAGCCCGUCUUUAGAGCGGAUGAUCAGCCAUGGACGACAAUGUGGGUUCGUGAUACCCUCGAAGGCCAGGAGAGAAUGUCCGUUAUUGGCCGAAUCCGGCAGCUUCAACUGCGUCGCCUCGUCUUUGACAUGGCGGGACGGCCACUUAAGGAGUUCGAAUCCAAGGAGGAAUUCCUCCAGGCCCUCAGGGAUACCAUAUACGCGCACAAACAUCUAUUCUAUCCCUGUCACGUCCUCCAGUGCAACAUCAACGACAUGAGCAUCAUGUUGCAUCGGCCGCCAAGCAAAUCGCGGCGGUGGGGAACGUUGGUCGAUCUCGGCCACGCGAGUCCAACUGGAGCAGAUGAGUUUGAAGGAUCUGCCUUUGUGGAUCCUAGAGUUGGAUCCUCUGCAUUUAUCGCGUGCCGUCUCGUCCCAUACAUGAGUUCCGGCUGCCGUCAGACCCCACGUCACGACUUCGAGUCGUACAUCCACCUUCUUAUGUACAUGUGCGCAAGCUACUCGGGACCAUCAAACACGCCGCGCGACAACUUCGACAUCCGCCAGUCGCCUAUGGCCGCGUGGUUCAACGGAGCCAGCGACGAGAAGUUCAGGAUCAUGUUCAGGCUCGACGACGGCGACUUCCGCGCCUUCCUCGAUAGCCUGUUCGACCCGUACUUCGACGACCUCAAGGACCUCGUCUGCGAGCUGCGCACGCACAUAUUGCGCACGCCGGACGUCACCCCCAACCACUACUCUCUGCUCCGCAUCUUCGACCGCCACAUCGCCGCGCUGCAGGCGCCACCUCCCCUUCCCGAGCCUGCACCAGCUGCUCGUCAGCGCGUACUCGACAUCCCGACCGUCAUCGAGACGAAGCGCAAGGGCAUCGUAAAGCGGAAGCGUCCUAGCGCCCCUCCUGCGGCGCAGGCGACUACUGCGGCGGCGGCCCCUACGCAUACGCCCGUCACGGCUAUCGCUACCCCGGUCUCGCCCGCCCCUCUCACCAUUACUCCGGCUAAGCCGGCUCCUUCGUCACCCACCUCCGCUGUCGCGCCAUCCGGUCCUGCUGCGCCAUCUCCUCCUGCCGCGUCCUCCUCCACUCCACCGCCCCCAACAACCUCGCGAACUACACCUCUCUCGCGACAAUCCUCGAGGCCGAUGACCAGAGCCAUGAAGCGACGACUGGCAGACUCGAGGACUGCGUCGCCCCCUAGCGAUGACUCUGACCGUACGCUGGUAGACACGACGCCGGAGCGCAAGUGUUCUCUGCCCGAUAGUCCCUCGCCGAAGAGGAAGUCGCCGGCCAGCCCUUCGCUGGAGGACAGGAAGACGUCGUCCCGCCGUAGCAAGAGGCUCGCGUCUCCCGACACGCCCUCGGACGAGCCACCGUUGCAUGCAACGCGAGCUUCCAAGCGUCGGAAGGUCGCAUAACGCGCUGCGCGAAUACGUACUCGUGCUCCUGACGGGCUAGGGGCUCGGUACGCUUCUUCUCGGCGACCAGCGUCGAAGAAGGUCGGCGCUGGAGUCGAUGUAUACGCGCGAGGACGGUGAGAGCGCUGCCUGUGCAGGCCCGGUGUUGUGCUCGCUGCGGCUGGAGCCCCGGGGAUAUCGCCACAGGCGCGUCGCGUAGCGCCACCCAACGGAUUGUGCGUGCCCUGAAGAGAUCAGGGAAGCUGAUAUGUGGAGAGCGUAGGACGAGCUCCGCCCGCGGCGAUUCGGGCGAGGGUGCGUCAGGCGUCGAAUUCGAAGAGUUCUUGCUCAAUGUAAAAUACCUCAAAUGUAAAAUACCCUCAGUGGAGAUACCGUCGAAUCCGGACUUGUGUACAAAUUAGAAUGAUCUCGACUCUGGAUUUGUUCCA